CAGUCUGCCAAAAAUUAGCUUGACCCUGCAAAAAAUAAAAAUCGGUUCAAAAUGCUACAUACACCCCUUUUGCACGAAAGCGUUCAAUUGCCGCAUGAUCAGUUCUUAUUGCAGGGAUAAUAUCAAUUGAAUUUACAAAAUCAAAAGAGCGCUCUCGUAAACAACGUAAAGGAAACUCAGGAGAUAGCAAUUGAGUUGAGAUGAUACCAUUACUGCUUCGAAUGGCCGAGGCCCCAAGGAAGUAAUGCUUAGCAACUUCUCCUGCUUGAAGCAGGAACCUUCGUCGCUAGCCUGCUAACGCAUCAGCCCAAUUCUUAUGAAUUGUUUUCAAAACCUUUCCAGCUUUUUCCUCUAUGGUGCUUUUUUCGCAUUUGCAAAUGGACACAAACUUUUGCGUUUCUUGAACAACAUAUUUAAGCUCGAAACAACAAUCUACAAAUGCUUGUUGCAAUUGACUACCAAACACAAACGUUUGACAAUCGUACUACGCAGCAAUCUGUCAUGCAACUUAAAUGCACUUCUCAUGACAACCCGCUGACAGCUAUCAGUUAGAGGUAGUUAAUUCAAAGAAAUGUUUUUCGUUUAUAACUUUGCUCAGAAUCAAUCUUUUUCCAUUGAAUUUUUUUAAGUGAAAGAUCGCAAUAAGAUCUAUCUGAAAAAGUGUAAAGCAAUUUUUAUGAAAUAUGGUCAAUUUUGGGUUAUGCUGAUGCAUUUGUACCUUAACAGGAAUGGAUCGAGUGGGUGAGUGAAAUUCACACCCAUAACAAUACUUCUGAAUGCCAAUGAAUUGGAAUUGGCAUUCAGAAGUAAAAACUGGCACUAGUUGUGCAAACUCUGUGACAGCUUAAAAUCAAAAUGGCCAUGCAAGCAAAUGUCUUGCUUGAUGGCUUGUCUUUGCAAAGGGUGAGGGACAAAAGUAUGGGUAGAAUGGAAAAAUUUACAGUAAUGUCAAAACAUCAUCACCAAUACCAUAGAACUACUCUGGGCAACUUUUUCAUUUGGUUUCAUAGGGACUUUAAAUUUUAAGGCCAAGUAAUACAAUAACAUUUUCUUUGGAACUUGUCGCACGGUAAUGUUGCAUUGCAAGUUGAAAAGUGUUGUUGCCUGUAUUCCCACAUUUAGCACAUUGCAGAAACAAGUUGGACUGAGUUUAACUUUAUGAAUAGGUUGCUUCAACUUGUAAAAUAGUGGUAAAUAUUAAUGCAACAUUGAUGUUUAAAAUGUUGCAAAAACAUUUAAUGUUAACCCCUAUUACAGGUACUUGGUCACAAUCUGUUACUGUAUGAACAGCUCUGAAUUGCAAACAAUUUUCAUGGUCACAGAGAAACAGGAGUUCAAAUAAUUUGUAUCUCCCUGGGACAAGCACCUCUAUUAUUAUAAAAUUCCCAAGCUCUUUCUCUUUGGUGCCCAUGUUAAAGGGCUUUGACAACAAGUAAUGGGGAAUAAGAGAGCAUUAAUGACCUUGAGGUCACUGUUAAACUAACGGUAUGCCUUUCUUAGGAAUCUCUGAUUUUGGUUGUGGUAUGUCUCCUUCAAAUAAUACUCACGACAGUCCUUCUCAGUUCAAAAACUCUCCCAACUUGGCCUACAAUAAAACAAAGCAGAGAGUACCAGUGACUCAAGCCAAAGGGUUUCCACAAGCACAAAUGUAUUUCAACAGAAUAGCAGAAGAUGCCAAUGAUGAGAUGAUGUCCACACCACUGCAAUUCCAGAAAAUUUCUUUGGUCCAAACCAAUAAACCUAAUAAUGGUCCAAGUGAAUUUGCUGACAUGUGGAAAGAACUGAAAGUCAAAGAAAGCAGUCCUUCUGGCCAUGGCACCAGUACUUAUCCAAACACCAACACUGCCCCAGUACACAAGGACUAUAGAGAGAAAGAAAUAGCAGAGAGUGACUUGAUGAUCAAGGAAGGAACACAGGCUCUCCGUGAGAUGCUUCAGAUUGGUGAGCCCCAAAGACAUGAUGUGGAGAAGCAGCAAGCUAGACCAGCACCAGUCAGCCAUGGCAAACAGCUCUCACUGGAUGAAUUAUUCAGCAAUCAAAGUUCUUCACAAGUCACUGUCCAACAGUUUCCACAGUUACCUUUACCACUUCCCUCUGGGAACCUUGCAUCAGUUUACUUAUUACGCUGGUGUUAUUCUUUUGGUCUUCCACCUCCUUACUAUCACUACACUCCUGCUCCUCAGGGAGUGAUUGCUACAGUAGAGUUGGCCAAUGGAUUUAAAUUUCCUGGUAGUGCUUGUCGUGAUCAAGGUGAAGCUCUAGAGAGUGCUGCAUCUGUAGCCCUGUUUCAACUGGUUUUGUUUCAGCCACAAAUCAUGCCAAACAUCCUAAGCCCUCAACAUGCAACCAUGCAGCAACAGUUUUCUCCAGGCUUCUUAUCUUCUCCACCACAACCAGUUAUGCCACCAGCCUUCCAAGGAUUUGUUUCAUUGCCGUCUUCAAGAGUACAAGCUAUUCAUCAUCAGUCAUCCCAGCCUCAACCCAGCACAGGAAAUGGAAAAUUUACAGUCACACCAAUUAAAGAGCCUCUUAUUAAGCAAGGAGUUAGUCAACCUCUUAGCUCUUCAGCAGUACCAUUCAUCCCACUGCAGGUUACUAGGAGAAGUUCCUCAUGUCAGCUGUCUUCUCCAGGAAAGCCACAAGAGACUUUGCUAACAGAAAGUUUGAUCAGCGGACAGUCUAGGGAAAAUAGAGAAUUAGAUGGAAGUCAGCAGAGAGAACAGAGCGUGUACUCUGUGAAGGAAACAACUGAAGAGCACAAAAAUGUUUCAAGUGCUUUGCUUUCAGGUUUAUCAGCCAACAACUCUUGUGCUAUGCAGGAUUCCCAGAAAACCUGUUCUUUGCCAGUACAGGGAACUGACAAACCUAGCACCCCUUCUAGAAGAACACCCCGUUCUUCCAAAAGACUACUGGCACCGAGUUUCUUUGCAAAGAGAAGCUAACACACUUGAUUUUUACUUCACCCAAGCAUCUCAGAAAUUCUUGCUACAGUUUUUACGUUUCUUUUCCAAGCUAAUUAGCCUGUAGAGCAGGCGAGGGCCGAAGCGCUGUUGCUAAAUAUGAAAGUCGAUCAAAGCGAGCCGUAUUGUUGUUUCAGCGUAACCUAUGCCACUGACCAAUCCAUAAGUCAACGAAAAAUAAAUUUUAGAAACUUCACGGAACUAUUAAGUUAUCUUUUUAAAGAUUGACCAGCUUCUGGUGCCGUCGAUUGAUAAUUUGGCCACCCCUUUGUAGCCAAUUAGAUUGCGUAUAUAUCUGGUAGACAGUAAGUGUGUGAUACUAAUAUGCACUUACUGGUCCCGAGGGACACAGUUCUGUUUUCCCGAAAAUCACGUUUCCCUCGACUUCGUCUCGUGAAACAUAGAGUGUCGAGGGAAAACAAAACUAACUGUUUCCCAAGGGACCAGUAAUUCACUGUUUUUUUAUAUAGCUGGAGUAGUGGGAAGUAAGUUUAGUGGGAAAGCGGGCAACCAUUGCAUAAAUGUCGCCCGCCGGGCGACAUCUAGAUUUAGCCAUUGCCACGUGACCAUAAAUAACUCGGUAAGAGCUCACGUUAGAUUCCCCUAACUCUAUAUAACAUUAUAGUUCACCACUAAAUUUUCUCCAAUUCUUAUUGGUUUAAAUUGAUCAUGUGAUGCGAUAGUGUUCAUCC